AUGUCAGCGGAGGAGCCGCUCGAUCGCAUCGUGCUUCGCUACCUACAGAAGCGAGGCUACAAGGACGCCGAGAAGGCUUUCCUCAAGGAGAGCAAGUCCCAGAAGCUCACGGAGAUGGCGCUCGUGCCCCAUCUGGGCCCGGACGCCGCCAUCAGCGACCACAUCCUGUACUACAACGAGGAGGACGCGGACCCAAACUCGCUGGUGCAGGGCUACAGGCUCCUGCGCGACUGGGUGAACCACUCGCUGGACAUGUACAAGCCGGAACUCAUGCGGAUCCUCUGGCCCAUGUUCGUCUACUGCCACCUGGAGCUCGUCAAUCGCGACGAGGGCCACGUCGCGCGCGAGUUCCACCGCAGGUUCGGCCCCGAUCACCUCCUCCUCCACGAGGAGGAUGUUCGGGCGCUCGCCGGCCUCGCCACGCCCGCGCACGCCGAAUCCGACGCCACCGCGCGCAAAUUCCGCGAUAACCGCAUCCCGAUCUCCUGCUGCCAGUACACCUUCGACCUCCUGGUCAAGUACCUCCACCACGCCAACCAGAUGGCGCUGCUGGCCAUCCUCAACGCGCACAUCUCCGUCACCGUUGUCAAGGGCGACCCGGCGCCGCACACCGACGAAGCCGAGCUCUCCGCGAAGCAGGUCAUAACCGGCGUCGGCCCGCCGUCGCGCAUCGACAAGUUCAACGCCAAGUACGACCAAGGGCGGUGGGGCGUCCUCGAGGACAGCGUGGAGGUCCAGGCGCUCGACGAGUUUGAGGAGGAGAAGCUUCGCGAGGAGCGUGCUAAAAAGGAGGGGGCUAAAAACGCCGGCGACGGGGCCGAGGGAGGCGAGGAGGGCGGCGAGGGCGGGGACGGGAAGGAGGGUGGCGAUAAGGGCGAUAAAGACGGCGGGGAUAAGCCCACCAAGGACGCCGCGAAGAAGAAGAAGGAGAAGGACGACAAGAAGGAGGACGCCGAGGACGGCGGGGACGCGAGCGUCAAGUACGAGCCGACGAUCGUGCCCUCCGUCAUCCCGGUUCCCGAGCUGGACUACCACCACACCCGGGCCGCCAUCGAGGACAUCCGAUACCGCGUCGAGCUCGGACGUGGCGCCUUACCUUCCGUCGCCUUCUACACCUUCACGCACGCGCACAAGUAUCUGCACUGCUGCGUCACCGCGUCGGACGCGUCGCUCGUGGUGGGCGGGUUCGCGGAUUCGGUGGUGAGAGUUUGGGACAUCAACAAGUCGACGCCCGGGGCGAACCGGGACGUGUACUGCACCGACUCGGAGUCGAAGAGACGAAAGGCGGCGCGCGAGGAGGGCAUGACGCUCGCCGAGUGGGAGGAGGCAAACAAGGACAAGAUGGAGGUCGAGACGGAGGAGGACGCGGAUGGGGCGGCGACAAACGUGGGGGAGAACGGCGAGAAGCUGGACGCCAACUCGCGAAUCGCGAGGCCUGUACCGUGCGUGGAGUACGUCGGUCACUCCGCCGCGGUGCACGGCGUCGACCUCUCCCCGGGGCACGACUUUCUCCUCUCCUGCUCCCGCGAUCAGACGAUUCGGGUGUGGUCGACGCGACUGGAGAUCCCCCUCGCCGCGUACAAGAGCCACAGGUUCCCCGUCUGGGACGUCAAGUGGUGCGGCACCGGCCACUACUUCGCCUCGGCGUCCAACGACUGCACCGCUCGGGUGUGGGCCAUGGACGAGUCGCAGCCGCGAAGGGUCAUGGUCGGACACCUCGCCGACGUGGACUGCGUCGCGUGGCACCCAAACACCAAUUACAUAGCGACGGGCAGCACCGACCGCACCGUGCGCCUGUGGGACGUGCAGACGGGCGAUUGCGUCCGAAUUUUCACCGGCCACCGCGGCGGGGUUCGGUCGCUCGCGAUGUCCCCGGACGGCAAGAGCAUGGCGAGCGGGUCAGACGACGGCGGCGUUUUGGUCUGGGACCUCGCCACCGCUAAGUGCUCGCACGCGUUCGAGGGGCACGGGGGCGCGGUGUACUCGCUGGACUACAGCCACGGCGCGGGCACCGUGCUCGCGUCGGGCGGCGCGGACGAGACCGUCAAGCUGUGGGACGUGUCGCAGUCGGCGUUGAACGAGGCCAACGGCGGCGAGGCGGGCGCGGUGAAAGCGGAGAACAAGGCGUCGGCGGCGGCGAGGAAACCGCCCAUGACGAGCCUGAGGACCAAAUCGACGCCGGUGUUUAACGUUCAGUUCACCGGGCGUAACCUGCUGAUGGCGAUGGGGGCGCGAGCGCCGUCCGUCAGGUACCAGGCGGCGGCAUGACGGCGAAUACGCGACUCAACGAGAUCAUGGAAAUAAGAGCUUUUCAUUUAAC